AUUUUCUUCUCUAAAAAAAAGAGUAAAAAUCAACAGAAAAAAAAAAUGAAAUUCAACCUAUUUUUGCUUCUUCUAACUACCCUUGCUGCUGCUGUUGCUUCGAUAUCGCAACCAAUUUGUUGCGAUCAUGUUGAUUGCCCUCCAGGUUAUACCUGUGAACAUGAUGAUUCUCCCUGUUCCCCUCGUGGUUAUUGCAGUGCAUAAUUAGAGCUCCAGAAUAAUGAUAAAUCUAAAUAAAAUAAGAAGCGUGUUAGUGUGUUAUUU